UUUCAUUUCUUUUCAAUGAUGGCGAUCUACUUCAAUCAACCAUCAAAUAUCUCUUUCCCACUUUCACUAUCUUCCAAUCUCUCUCCCACCCAGAUCCCGCCAUGCCAAAGCGAUCGAAACCCAAGCUUCCAAUGCAUGCCCUCGUGGCCGCCAUUGUUGUUCUACUUCAAUUCCCGCAACUUUGCUUUGCAAGAACCAGAAACAGAUAUUGCAGCCCAGCUGUUUGUGGAAAUGUCUCAAUCAGCUACCCUUUUCGAUUAACCACCCAACCUCCCAACUGCGGCGACUUUCCGUUCGAAAUCCACUGCGACAGCAGCAACCGCACCGUUUUAGUCACGAACCAAGGCGUAUUCUACGUCCAAAACAUCUCGUACGAGCGCAAUACGGUCCGAGCAAUCGACCCGAAUCUCGCCGUCGAUGAUUGUUCCCUUCCUCGCGGCACGUUGUCGUUCUGGGAUUAUAUAUACCGUAAUUUACCGUAUUCUUUGGUUUUCCCGUUCACUUCCAUGUAUCUUGUGAACUGCUCUAUGCCGGUGAAUUCCUCUUCGUAUAUCGACGCCUCUCGUUGCUCCGUUAACUCCUCCGGUUCCGAUCCACCACGGGAUUCGUACGUUUAUUUUCUAGAUGAGAGAACUCAUCCUCAUGAUUUCGAUGAAUCUUGCAGAAUCGAAGCUUUGGUUCCAAUUAUGGUUGAGAGUAUCAACGAUCUUUUAAAUUCGGAUAUCUACAAUCUGUUGAAACAGGGGUUCGAAUUCUCUUGGAUCUUCCCUUCUAAGUCACUGGAGGCCACACCAUUCCGAGCUUUGAUAAGGAACUUGAAAUAUGCCUUGCAAAGUUAUGCUGAUAGCUUCAUCUAUUACUUAUUCAAAGGACCUCAUGUUGCCAACAAUUCAUAUUAUCCACCUAACAGUACUUAUAUUAUAUGUCUUCUAAUAACAGGAGGAUUUAUCAUAUCAAGAACUUUGCCUGGGAUAGUUUGCUUGAUUGUUCUUGUCAUAUACAAAUGGCGAAGAAGACAUUUAUGCGCGGAUGAUACUAUUGAGGAGUUUCUUAAACAGCAGAAGGAUUUAAUGCCGAUAAGGUAUACGUAUUGUGAAAUAGAAAGAAUGAGUAAUGAUUUCAAGGAUAAACUAGGCGAAGGCGGUUACGGUUCGGUGUUUAAAGGAAAGCUUCGGAGUGGUUAUUUUGUAGCCAUAAAGUUAUUGGGGAAGUCCAAAGGUAAUGGCCAAGAUUUCAUCAAUGAAGUUGCUACGAUCGGGAGGAUUCAUCAUGUUAAUGUAGCCAAACUCAUUGGAUUUUGUGUUGAGGGAUCGAAACAAGCUCUUAUAUAUGAUUUCAUGUUGAAUGGAUCUCUCGAUCGGAUUUUAUUUGCAAAGGAAAAUAAGAUAGAUUUAAGUUGGAAGAAGAUGUUUGAUAUUGCGUUUGGGAUAGCUCGAGGGAUCGAGUACUUGCAUCGAGGAUGUGAUAUGCAGAUUCUACAUUUCGAUAUCAAGCCACACAAUAUUCUUUUAGAUGAGAACUUCACACCAAAAGUUGCAGAUUUCGGUCUUGCUAAAUUGUUUUCAGUGGAUGCUAGCAUAGUGUCCAUAACUGCAGCACGAGGUACAAUAGGAUACAUUGCUCCUGAACUGAUCUACAAAAACCUCGGAGGCAUCUCGUAUAAAGCCGAUGUUUACAGUUUCGGAAUGUUGUUGAUGGAAAUUAUCGGAAGGAGGAAGAACAUGAGCACGGCUGUUGAACACGAAAGUCAGAAAUACUUCCCGUCAUGGAUUUAUGAUCGGUAUUAUCACGGCGGGGAUGUAGAUUUGGGGGAAGUUACGGAUGACGAAAAGAUCAUGGUGAAGAAGAUGGUGAUAGUAGCUUCUUGGUGUGUGCAAAUAAAGCCUAACGAUCGUCCUUCGAUGAGCAAAGUGUUGGAGAUGUUGGAAACCGAUGUUGAACUCCUCCAAAUGCCGCCGCAACCUUUUCAACUUCCGUUUGAAGUACCAACAGAUCAAUCCCAUGGUUCAAACACAGAACUAUCCCAUGAAAAUAGUUCAACUGGAGAGACAUCUGCAUUGCUUUAUUCUUCAAAUGAAAUUAGCAUAGACAUAUUGUAAGCCAUCUAACCUUUUAAAUAUAAAUUGAACAUGGAUGGUUUAACUCUGUGUCCUAGUUUUGC